AGAUGCCUUCCAAUGGGAAUAGGCCUUUAAAGCUUCAGUUUGGUCUGAUCAACCAUGAUGGACGAUACCUCACUGCUGAGACUUUUGGCUUCAAGGUCAACGCAUCAGCUCUCAGCAUGAAGAAGAAGCAGAUCUGGACUCUAGAGCAGGACUCCCAGGACAUGCAGGUGGUCUACCUGCGCAGCCACCUAAGACGCUAUCUUGCCUCUGACAAGGACGGCAAAGUCACCUGCGAAGCAGACGGUCGUAACUCAGAUUGCCGCUUCCUUAUCGUGGCGCAGUCGGACGGCCGCUGGGCACUGCAAUCCGAGCAGCACCUCCGUUUCUUUGGCGGCUCCCGGGACUUCCUGUCCUGUUUUGCACAGGUCAUCACUGAAAACGAGCUAUGGGCGGUGCACCUUGCUCUACACCCACAGGCCAACCUGCUGUCUGUGGCCCGCAAGCGCUACGCUCAUCUUUCGGUGGAAGAUGGCGAGAUCGCAGUGGAUAGGAAUAUUCCCUGGGGGGUCACAGCACUCCUGACCCUUGUCUUCCUGAAUGGGAAGUACUGCCUUAAGACCUGCGACAGCCGCUUCCUCAGCAAUGAUGGGAAGCUCGUAGAGCAGAGCAGCCGAUCCACGGCGUACACACUGGAGCUCAAGUGUGGGAAGUUGGCUUUUAAAGACUGUGAAGGCAAGUACUUGUCUCCCAUGGGCCCUUCAGGAACCUUGAGGUCAGGACGAUGCUCCAAGCCGGGCAAGGACGAAUUGUUCGACCUAGAGGAAAGCCACCCACAGGUGGUUCUGUUGGCAGCCAAUGGGAAGUAUGUUUCCAUGAGGCAAGGAGUGAGCCUCUCUGCCAACCAGGAAAAUGAGACAGACAUGGAGAUGUUUCAAAUGGAAAUGGACAAGGAAAGCAGGGGGUGCAUAUUUCGCACCAGCCAGGGGAAUUACUGGAGCCUAGUGGCCCACGGAGGCAUCCAGACUACGGCUACAGAAGUUUCAGCAAACACAAUGUUUGCAAUGGAGUGGCUUGGUCACAAGAUGGCGAUAAAGGCCAACAAUGGAAAAUACAUUUGCACCAAAAAGAAUGGACAGUUAUUAGCUGUCAGUGACUCCAUAGGUGAGGAUGAACAGCUCAGUGUGAAACUGAUCAACCGGCCCAUGUUGAUCCUGAGAGGAGAGAAUGGUUUCAUCUGCCACCACAAGAACUCCAACACUUUGGAUGCAAACAGAUCUGUUUAUGACAUUUUCAGCUUGCAAUUCAGCAAUGGUGCCUACCAUAUUAAAGGUGUGACAGGUCGCUUCUGGUACGUCAACAGUACCGGGCUGGUGUGUUCUGAUGGUGAUGUCCCAGAGGAUUUCAGUCUGGAGCUCCUGGAACGAGGUCGUCUCGCCAUCCGUGGCAAGAACGGACAAUAUCUGCGUGGAGACCAGGGAGGCACGCUUAAAGCGGACGGAAUUAACCUGAGCAGCUCAGCUUUGUGGGAGUAUUAAUGCAACAACAACAAAUAUACCUGGGUCCUUGCUGCUGUCAUGGAGGUGCUCUCUAUCCCUAUUGCAAACUUGGAGAUGGAAGAUCAGCAAUGAAGGAAGCUUUAACUGCAAUUAAUUUGAUUGUUAUUCAAAUGCUUGUCCUAUUUAAGGCAGAGAUCAUUUAUUUCUCCUUACCUUUCUUCUUGUAGUGAACAAAGUGGUGCUUUAGUAAAUUACCUGCCAUUGAAGGCAAGUAGUAGUGUCAUUUGAGAAAGAAAUUGUCACCUUUUAGACGUGGUCGCUCAUUAGUGUAGUACAGGGAGUUUAUUGGCUGAUGAGAUCAUGUUUCUACCGACUGCAUAGAAACACUAAUAGACCGGAAUAUGUCCAUUACAUGUUCAGAAUACAACCAUAGCAACUCAUUUUGCUUACUCCCAUUUAUUAUUUUCUUCAUUUAUCAUAAGACUGGUUUCAGUUUUGUCUGUUCCAAUUGUGCGGACACAUUCUGCGGGUAAAGUCCAGUCCACGAGCUGUAGUUUAGCAAGUGUUUUACAUAAAAAAAAUCUCACGGCACACCACCAAAUAUAAUUGAUUUGUUCUGCACAUUAAUGAUGCACAUUGUUAUCAUCAAUAGAUGAACAAAGACACAAUGUUUUUACAAUUCAUAUAAAAUAAUUUUUGGAGCAAUUCAGUUCAUUUGGAUAAUUAGGUGUGCCGCAGCACAGGGUUGGGAAUCCCGGUUCGACUACUCUCAUCAAUAUUAUGAAUUAACAGUGAUCUUGCAAGAAUUUAAUUACAAUAAUCCUAAUUCAAGAGCAAAAAUGGUCUGCUUUUCUCUUUUAAUGUGUGCAAUGUACUUUGUGUAAAAUCCUAUAUUUUCUACCACAAUCAACAUUAGCUGCAUGAGGUCCAGUAUUAAGAGUUUACUGCAGAUUACAAUAAAUGUCAUGUUUUUUUUACUGUUGUUCUAGUAUUCCAUCCAAAUUCUGUCAAAUGAACCAUUGGUUGUAAAAGUGAAUGUUUUGGAUGGGAUGAAAA